AUGUCCUCCAAGCUCUCCAAGCUCUCCAAAAGUCUGGCCCAGCUCCCAGAGCCCCCUAGAGAAAACCUAGUCUCGUAUUUCAUCCUCGGAGAAAUCAUCGAUCAUAUCAGCGUCCUCCAGGAUGAAUUCCCUCAAGUCAAGAUCCCGCUUCUCAAAACGCACCUGUGGUCGAUUCUCAACAAGAAUAUACAUCCCGAGGAACAUCUCCGAGGAUUCUUGAAAGUCUUCGAGGAGACCGAGACGUUUGUGCACGCAUUUUCCCAGCUGGAUGAUUCAAUGAAGAAGCAAAUGAGGGUUUUCAUGGCCGGUGGAAGCAAAGACCAGAUCAUGGCUGCUGGUUCACACGAUGGGGGGGUUCAUUUGCCGGCGAGUCCUCCUGUGGUGAAACACUUCAAAGAAAUGGUUGAUAAGGUGGAGAGUGCUGUUAAUGGACUUUCCCACCAUCACAAGAAGCUUGCAAAGGUUACGAAUGGAGAUCAUGAAGUCAACGGCUACGCGGUGAAGCGAGUAAAGACUGACGACGGCUUUCCGCAAAUCUUCGAAGAUGAGGCAGGGACCAGGACAAUGGAGGUUUACGGAGACAGAGUAUUCCAGAACUGGGGUGAAAGUGUCCGGAACACUCCGUUAUGGACCUUCGUUCCCAAGACUGUCCUUGGCUUGCAAAACCUAGUCAAGUGGGCCAAGGUUCACGAGUACCGCGUUCGCUGCUCUGGAUAUCGGCAUUCUUGGAGCUCUACCUUCUCACAAGACAAGCAAAUCUUGGUUUCUCUGCUGAAUCUCGAGCAAGUCACCAGAUUGCCUGAUCCCAUGAGCAUCGAGUCCGAGCAUAUCGAUCCAGGAAAUGAAUUGAAGACUAUCCAGCUUGCUGCCCCACCUGGAGUGGCUGCAAGCAGCGCAGACAAGGCGCUGGUCAGGGUUGGAGUUGCGGUCACGAAUGAAGAAUUCAGGAGAUGGGCCGUUGCUAAUGACGCGUGGACUAUGCCGGUAGAUGUGAUCUUGGUCGAGGUCACUUGUGGAGGCGUCAACGGGCCCAUCUGUCAUGGAGCGGGCCGCAGCCACCAAACAGUGAACGACUACGUCCGAGCCGUCGAAUAUGUUGAUGCCAACGGCGAGCACCGCACAGUUUCAGACCCAAACCACCUCCGAGCGGCAGCAGGACAUUUCGGUCUUCUGGGCAUCGUGACACACAUCACCUUCGAGCUUGACAGAAUGCGGUAUGCGGUCCUCCAACCCACCAAGCCGGACAUAGGACUCGCCAUCCCGCCCCUCUCUCGAGACGACAUCCCCAUCGCACUCCGCAAGACCUUUACCGAAGCUCAGUACGCCGCUGCUCUGAAGGACUUCGAAGACCGGGCCACGAACGACUACUACGCUGAAUGGUUCUGGUUUACUCGGUCCCAGCAAGCCUGGGUCAAUACUUGGAACCCUACCGAGGAUAAGACUGGAGUCGUUGACUAUCCCAGUCCUAGUGAUACGUGGUUUCAAUGGGUAGAGGGAUGGGUAGGCGCUGUCAUGACAGGGAGUGACAUCUUCCAAGCUCUGCCUGGCAGAUGGCAGGCGGAAAUCCUGGCCACGUUCGGGAUGGUAGCUCUCCCGCCUUUCCAAUUCGCUGAUUUCACGCAGAAUCGGACAGAGAGCAUCAAGACUGCGUUACCCAACGCUCUGCAUUUCCGCAGAGGUAUCCAGAAUAUGCGUGUCCGAGAUCUUGAAUUUCAAAUCCCCAUCCCAGCUUCUAAAGAUGAUCCUACGAAGCCAGACUUUGAGGUCGUGCGGAAAGCAUGGUGGGAUGUCAUUAAUCUCACCUGCCCCAUGCGUCUGACCAUGGAGCUUCGCAUCAUGGGCGACUCGCACCUCCUCAUGGCGCCGCAACGCGGCAACACCCACGGCACAGCCAGCAUCGAAGUGCUCAGCAUCCCCGACGCCGUCAGCGACGACGAAUGGGCGCCCUUCCUGCAACGCGUCGCCGACACCUGGAUGAGCUAUCGCGAUUCGGCCGGUGCCUUGCUGAAUGUGCGUCCGCAUUGGGCGAAGGAAUGGGAGAGUAUCGAUAUGAGAGGUAUGCCGGCACGUGAAUAUCUAAAGAAAGUAGCGUAUAAGGAUGCGAUAGGAGAGUUCAAGGAGGUAGUGACGGAGAUUGGGAAGGCGCAGGGCUGGACACUGGGCGAUGUUCAGGGCAGAUUCUCGAAUGAGUUGUGGGAUUAUAUGAUUUUUUCUUCUUGA